UAUAAUUCUAAAUUUUAACGUUUGCGAGUUUGUUCAUUUUAAAAUUUUGAGUUUGGAGUUUAAUUUUUUGUUAACUGCCACUUUUCAGCUGUGUCCGUCAUACACAUGAAAGAAUCAUGUGGUAAUGGUCACAAAUAGACUAAAUUAGACGAAACCGAUAAGAUGAAGACAAUUUUAGUUUUUAAAGAUGUGGUUCAUGAGAGAAAUACGUCAAAGUUUCACAGGAAAACGGGCUGUUCACUCCCCCUACACAUUUACCAAUUUCUGAGCAUAUUCGUUACCUUCAUAAUCUCUUUCAUCCACUACUACGUAGUGCUGCCCAUAUCGGUUUUCAAUAAUACACUAUUCUACGUUAUUUCGUCUCUUCUUUUACUGCUGGUGGUAGUUUUUUACACUAUCGUAUCACUGAUUGACCCAGUGGAUCCCAACGCCUCAUCGGUUAUAUAUCCUAAAACUGAGUAUAAGAAUAAAAUAGGUAAGUUCUUGAAGUAUUUUUCUAAAACGCAAACGGACUCAAAUGAGAAAACAGAGUCAUUAAAUCCCAAUUUCGGUUCACUAAAUGAAGUAAAGGACACGGAAUCCAAAUCAACUGAUUCCACAAGUCCCCUAGCAAACCCUCAGAAUGGAACACAACCUUCUAAUAUGCAAAUGGAAAUGUCUCACUGUAACGUAUGUGAGUAUGUAGACCCCAGUAGUAAGCACUGUAAUGUAUGUAACAAAUGUAUUACGAAGUUUGACCACCACUGUGUUUGGGUCAAUAACUGCAUCGGAUCGGUAAACUAUUUGUAUUUUAUCCUUUUGUUGCUUUUCGCCCUGGUGUUUUUGACAUAUAACUACGUUUUAACUUUUUAUAUCGUAUUCUCAUUCAAAGACAUUGCCCUGGCACAUGAAAAGUUUCGAGCACUGGUUCUCAAUAUUUCAAAUAAAUACUUUAAGGCGGUGUUACUAGGAUCAGGGCUUUUUAACCUGAUUCCCUUUCUAUUUCUGUUAUACCUUUUUGUGUUUCAUCUUUUCCUUAUUUACACCGGCCAGACAACUUAUCAGUACUAUAUAAGAAGGAUGGAACAACUGGACAAUGGGAAAUCCUCUGAAGUACAAGAUGCGGAAGAAGGGCCUAGGCAAACUCGUUGUUUCGACUAUAUAAUAAUAAAAAAGAGGCGGCUCAAAAACAAGCAGAAGGAAACAAAGGAAAGUGUUUAAAAAUUAACAACUUG